AUGGCAAGACUGGCCGUUACGGUGUUGUUGAAAUUGAGAAGUGGCCGUUCAAAUCUUGCUCAGAUUUGUCGUAGCCAGGAUGCUACAAUAGUUCGCGACCGGUGCCUCGAGUUACGGAGCCUAUUACAUUCGCCACCUCAGUACACUGAGCUAGAGAAAUACGCUCGAGCUCUGUCGUCCAUGUUAAUGGAGAACUAUUCCAAAAUUGUUACACAUGAUCUCAGCUAUGCCACUCGUCUUAAGCUAGCCCUUAUCGUUCGGCGUUUCGAUGACCCGAAGAAGCUUCGCGCAUUCCUCGAAAGCCCGAUCAAAAAGACAGUGUGGUUCAACCUUCAUGCCGAUUACCUGACCUACACUCACGAAACCAUCCCCUACAAUGAGUUUAUAGACUCCUUUGACUUCUUGCUGUUACCUCAAAGUUCCUUGUUGCGACAAGCCUCAGAACGUAGGCCUAGUCCGGGAUCUAGGACUAAAGUAUAUCAUCCUCCACGAGCUGUUGCUAAAUGGAGGACACACGACACUGCAUCCCUUACACUUUCGUCGUCGACCAAUAUCCCGUCCCCGCCUUCCUCAAGUCUUGCUGCACGUCCUACGCUGCCUCCGAUUCGCGACGAAUUGAGAGCCUUCUUUCCAGACUCCAAAAUGCCGCAUGCCGCAACCCUCCCACCGUCACCCUCGACAGUGAUUUUACAGCCCAACCAACAUUCCGAUUGA